CUAAACAUACACAAACAUGGCGUUGCCACAAGCAGACAGGAUGCUUUAUCCUCUGCGGUGUUCCUUGUACCUUAUUCUAUUCUUGCUCGGAGGAAUAAAAUCGUCGACGCUUCAUCUUCACCAUGCAGAGCGCGACGUUCCACCCCAACACAAAGGAUAUUUUACGAUAGACGCAAAUAUGAAUUUAGCAGACGCGGAUCGAGGGGGCAACGCGGCUCCGGCGCUGCGACUGGCCGCUCUUGGUGCUGCUGAAGGCGGGUCGGACCACGGCUCCCCACCGCUACAUCGAAGCCGCCGGAGCAGCAGUGAAUCUACCAUGCCGAAGGUGUACGGGCAGGUCAGCCUGAAUGAUUCCCAUAACCAGAUGGUCGUCCACUGGGCUGGAGAAAAGAGCAAUGUGAUUGUGGCAUUGGCCCGAGACAGCGCUGGAGCUCCCGGACCCAUAACCAGUUCGGUUUAUGUGUCUUAUGACUAUGGCUCCACCUUCACGCUUGUCUCAGGGAAAUUCCAGCUGUCUGAGGCCAAGGCAAAGGAUGGCAGCGCUCAGAGCAUCUCUCAGUUUUACCACAGUCCUGCAGACAACAAGAGGUACAUCUUUACAGACUCCAUCAACAAUUACCUGUGGAACACCCUCGACUUCUGCAAAAGCGUACAAGGUUUCUCCCUCCCAUUCAAACCGACAGACUUAUUGCUUCACAGCACAUCACCCAACCUGGUCCUCGGCUACGACAGCUCUCACCCAAACAAACAGCUAUGGAAGUCGGACGACUUUGGUGAGACUUGGUUGUUGAUCCAGGAGCAUGUGAAGACCUACUUUUGGGGUGUGGAGCCUUACGACUCCCCCGUGACCGUACUGGUCCAGAGGCAUGAGCCCCAGGGUGUCUUCACCGUACUCAGCAGUACUGACUUCUUCCAGAGUGAACAAAAUCGCAAAGUGAUUAUGGAGCAGGCUGACAGCUUCCAGCUCAGGGACAAGUACAUGUUUGCCACCACCACAAAGAAACUGCUUGGCAGCCACGAACCUUCGUCUGUUCAGCUCUGGGUUUCUUACAACCGCCAACCCAUGAAAGCUGCCCAAUUUAGGACCCGCCAUCCAAUCACAGAGUACUACAUCGCUGAUGCCUCUGAGGACCAAGUGUUUGUGUGUGUGAACCAUGUAAACAAUGUCACACACCUGUACAUCUCAGACACACAAGGUCUCUCCUUUUCACUGUCAUUGGAGAAUGUUCUAUAUUACAGUCCGGAAGGCUCUGGAAGUAACACACUCAUCAGAUACUUUGCUAAUGAGCCAUUUGCUGACCUGCACCGUGUGGAGGGACUCAGAGGAGUCUUCAUCGCCACGCUUAUCAACGGGUCCUUCACUGAGGACAACAUGCGGUCGGUCAUCACUUUCGACAAGGGAGGGACGUGGGAGUUGCUUCAGCCACCCACGGCCGACAGCCUGGGAGGAACUGUGGACUGCCAGCUCAGCAAAGGUUGCUCUCUCCAUCUGGCCCAGCGCUGGAGCCAACUGUUAAACAUCCAGCUGAGGAGGACACCCAUUUUGUCCAAAGAGUCUGCACCGGGACUCAUCAUGGCCACAGGUUCUGUUGGCAGGAACUUGGCCAAGAAAGCCAAUGUAUACGUGUCGAGUAGCGCUGGAGCCCGAUGGAGGGAGGCUCUUGCAGGCCCUCAUUUCUACACAUGGGGAGACCACGGUGGUAUCCUCGUGGCUAUCGCUCAAGGUGGAGUCACCACACACCUCAAGUUUAGCACCAACGAGGGCGAGACAUGGACCGACUUUCAGUUCUCAGACAGAGAGGUGUACAUUUACCAGUUGCUGACCGAGCCUGGCGAGAAAAGCACCAUCUUCACCAUCUUUGGGUCCUACGCCCACCAGAAGCACAGCUGGCUCAUCCUGCAGGUCAACACCGCCGAUGUUCUGGGUGUUCCUUGUUCUGAGGCGGACUAUAAGCACUGGUCGCCAUCAGAUGAACAUGGUAACGAGUGUCUGCUGGGCAGAGAGAUAACGUUUAAGAGACGGACGCCACACGCCACCUGUUUCAAUGGCGAGGACUUUGACCGGCCCGUCACCUUGUCUAACUGCUCCUGCUCCCGCCAGGACUUUGAAUGUGACUAUGGCUUCAAGCUGAGUGAAGACUUUUCUCUUCAAGUGUGUUUGCCUGAUCCUGAGUUCUCCGGUGACCUUUACGCUCCUCCUGUACCAUGUCCUGCUGGCACCACUUACCGCCGCAGCAAAGGAUACAGAAAAGUACCAGGUGACAGUUGCAGUGGAGGAGAUGUGGAAGCCAGACUGGAUGGAGAGAUGCUACCUUGUCCUGUUGGAGAGAGUAAUGAGUUCAUGUUGUAUGCUCUGAGGAACUCCAUCCAUCGCUACGAGCUGGCCACUGGCGCUGACCAGGCCCUCCCGCUGCUCGGUCUGAAGGAGGCUGUGGCUCUGGAUUUUGACUAUGACAGGAACUGUAUCUACUGGGCUGACAUCUUGCUGGAUACCAUACAGCGUCUUUGUCUGAAUGGCAGCACAGGUCAGGAGAUUAUUGUAAAGGAUGACCUGACUGAGGUGGAGGCCUUGGCAUUUGACCCCAUCAGCAGAUUGCUUUACUGGGUUGAUGCUGGGUCACAGAAAAUUGAGGUUGCCAAUCCCGAAGGGGACUGGCGUCACACCCUUCUGAACGCCUCCAUCCUGGAACAUCCACGAGCUCUUGUUCUGCUGCCUGAAGACGGUCUAAUGUUUUGGACCGACUGGGGAGACACAGCAGCAGGAAUCUACCGAAGCAACAUGGAUGGAACCAAUGUUUCCUCCAUUGCGUCAGAAGGGGUGCGCUGGCCCAAUGGGAUCACAGCUGAUGAUCACUGGCUGUACUGGACUGAGGCCUUCAGUGACCGCAUCGAAAGGGCUGACUUCAAUGGGGGGCAGCGGAGCAUUCUAAUUGAGGGCUUGCCCCAUCCUUACGCCAUUGCCAUCUUCAAGAAUGACUUAUAUUGGGACGACUGGUCCAGAAUGGGGAUUUUUAAAGCUUCGAAAACUGGUGCUCAGAGUAAUGAGCUAAUUAUUGGCAGACUGACCGGGGUUAUGGACCUCAAGAUUUUUUAUAAUGGCAAGACCAGAGGUCAUAAUGCCUGUGCUGACCAACCCUGCAGCCUGUUGUGUCUGCCUCAGCCUGGCCAUAGGCACACCUGCAUUUGCCCGGAAGGAACCCCAACUACGACCACAUCCCAAGGACAACUGCAAUGCCAGUGUCCCACUGGAUAUCAGCUUCAAAACACCACCUGUGUUAAAACCGAACUUAGCUGUUCUGCAAACCAGUACCGCUGCAAAAAUGGCCGCUGCAUCAGUAAUAUUUGGAAGUGUGACAGCGACAACGACUGCGGAGACAUGAGUGAUGAACAGGAGUGUCCCACGACAACUUGUGACCCGACCAACCAGUUUCGUUGCGUCUCCUCUGGGUCCUGCAUUCCCUUGGCCUUUAUGUGUGACCACGAAGACGACUGCGGCGACAACAGUGAUGAAGCGCAAUGUGAGUCUCACCAGUGCGGUGCUGGGGAAUUCACAUGUGCACGGGGUGUCUGCAUCCGUGAGGCCUGGCGCUGUGACGGCGACAAUGACUGUAAAGACUGGUCAGAUGAGACGAACUGCACAGUGGGCCAGCAUACAUGUGAAUCCAGUAGUUUCCAGUGCCACACAGGGCACUGCAUACCACAGCGCUGGACGUGCGACGGUGACAAUGACUGCCAGGACAACUCUGAUGAAGACCCUCAUUACUGUGAGGGAACUCGUUGCAAAGGCUUCCUCUGCGCCAAUGACACAUGCCUGCCUGUCACCGCGCACUGUAACGGCAUUCGGGAGUGUCCAGACGGUGCUGAUGAGGACAACUGUGAUCCAUUAUGUACCCGCUACAUGGAGUUUGUCUGCAAGAACCGAGCCCAGUGUCUGUUUCAGUCCCUGGUUUGUGACGGUGUUAAACAUUGUGAGGACGGGUCUGAUGAGGAUGCGGAAUAUGCCAGAUGCGCGACUCCAUCAGAGUUUGGCAAAGUUUGUGACACAUACACCUUCCAAUGUGCCAAUGGCAUUUGUGUGAGCCUGGAGUGGAAAUGUGACGGAAUGGACGACUGUGGUGACUACUCCGAUGAAGCCAACUGUGCUGCUCCUACGGAGGUCCCUGGCUGCUCAAGAUAUUUCCAGUUUGAGUGUAAAAAUGGACGCUGCAUCCCGACGUGGUGGAAGUGUGAUGGAGAGAAUGACUGUGGAGAUUGGUCUGAUGAGUCCCUGUGUACAGGUGGAGAAUCUCACACGCUGGCCCCUGCUCCUUCAACAUGUGCCGCCAACCGUUUCCACUGUGGCAGUGGUGCUUGCAUCAUCAACACUUGGGUGUGUGAUGGCUAUGCGGACUGUCCUGAUGGCAGUGAUGAGCUGGGAUGUCCCACAGGUACAAACAUCAAUCUGGUUGUCUGCAGUAUUCAUACAUUGCAAUAUGUUUUUUUUUUUUUUUUAGCAGUUAAUGUGACGCAGGCUCCAGUUUCCACCAAGGCCCCCUCCGCCACUGGUCGUUGCACUUUGGGUCAGUUUUUGUGUCGCCGUCCGCCACGCUGCAUCCCUGGCUGGCAACGUUGCGAUGGCCAGAUCCACUGUCAGGAUGGCUCUGACGAAUACCAGUGCCCCACCCUCAAGCCGCUGUUUUGUGAGAAUGGAACCCUCUGUGCUGACGGAGAAGCCUGCGUGCUGGCGGAAGACCGGUGUGAUGGCUUUUUGGAUUGCUCCGACCACAGCGACGAGGACAACUGCACUCGUGACACCAUGGCCUAUAAAGUCCAGAACCUUCAUUGGACUCCAGACUUCUCAGGUGCCAUUACUCUAACAUGGUCUCAUCCUAAGAAUCUUCCCGUGAACUCUUGCUAUUACUCCAUCAACUACAGACUCGUAGGCACCCAGCAGUGGACCAUCUUGGACACUCACAGUAACAAGACCAGCUACAAACUGACAACCCUGAGACCAGACACCACCUACCAAGUGAAAGUGCUCACAUUUUGUCUGAGCAAGCUGCACAACACCAACGAGAUCAUCACAGUCAGGACGCCAGAGGGAUUGCCCGGACCUCCCAGAAACCUGCAGCUGUCCUGUGAUAACAGUAAAGACGGCACGGUGGAUCUUUCCUGGAGUCCCCCUGACAAAGGAAACGGCCUGAUCAGAGAGUAUAUUACUGAGUACGGCGAACAAACGGCCGUUGAAUGGACGUCACAGAGAAGUAUCACGACCGACACGGAGGUGAAGGAGUUGCAGCCGGAGAGGCAGUACAAGUUUAGGGUGGCAGCAGUGACCAGUCGAGGUAUGGGGAACUGGAGUGAGGUUAAAUCCAUUACACCUAUAAAAGCUCUGCCUCCUCCAUCUGUGAUCACGGACAGCAUCACCGGAGAGUCCAUGAGCCUUUCAUUCAGCUUCAAUUCCCAAUAUGAGGUGAAACAGUACAUCGUAAUCCUGUCCUGGCAGUUUGACACUCACAUGAAGGAGAGCAAAAACUACACGGUCAAGGAGAAGAUCCUCAGAAUGAGCAACCUGACUGCAGGCACAAUGUAUGAGGUGGCUGUGUGGGCUCACACCAGUGUCGGUGACAGUCCCACAGCCUUGUCUCAUCACCAGACUGCUGGUGUCCAGCCAGAUAAGCCUCUUCUCAAAGCCCGGGCCCUCAACCAAACGGCUGUGGACUGCAGCUGGACCAUCGCCAGUGGCUCAUCUAAGCAGGUGUUUGGUGUGUUUUAUGCAACAUCCUUCCUCGAUUUGUACCACAGUCCUAGUCAGGUCCAUACCACUUCCAGCAACCUGACAAUCACCGUGAAAAAUGAUGAGCAGUAUCUUAUUUUGGUGCGGACUGUCUCCCCCUUCUUGGGUCCGCCAUCAGAGCAUGUGGUGGUCAAAAUGAUUCCCAAUGAAAGGAUGCCACCCAGGAACCUCCACCGUGUGCAAGUAGACAAGACGGAGGCCACACUCAAAUGGCAACCACCUUAUGAUACACCAAACGCACCACUGACUUAUGCAAUUCAUGUGCGGGAUAUGGUCCGCAAAGUGGAGAGGGACUACAAGGUGACCACCCAGAACAACACAGUGGAGUACCAGCUGAAAGGCCUGGAGCCCGGAGGACGCUACAGCAUCUCAGUGCGUCUACGUAACAUGAGCAAGGAAAUCAGCUUCGUUCUGAGCACAGUUCCUCUUCCAGCUCCUGAGGCUUUGAAGAUAUUGAACGAGAAAGACCACAUAUAUCUGUUCUGGAAGAGUCUGGCUGUCCAAGAGAAGACGUUUAAUGAAAGCAGGGGGUAUGAGGUGCAUGUUCAUGACGGCGUGACCAACAAGACAACCUGCCUGGGGAACACGACCGAUACCUACUUCCGCAUCAGCAGCCUGCAGAAAGGACACAACUACACCUUCUCUGUUCAGGCCCGUUGCCUGCUGAGCGGCCAACUCUGUGGCGAGCCUGCACUGCUGCUGUAUAACCAGCUUAGAACAGGCGCGAGUGAGGCCUCCGCCACUGAAAGCCAUUCACAGGACAUGGCAGCCAUCGUAGUUCCUGUCCUUUUCCUGCUGCUGCUGGGACUAUGCGGCGGCUUGGUGGCGCUCUACUUCAGACACCGGCGACUACAGAACAAUUUUACAGCCUUUGCAAACUCCCACUAUAACUCACGCCUGGGCUCUGCAAUUUUCUCCUCUGGCGACGAACUAGUGGAUGAUGAUGAUGAAGAUGCUCCCAUGAUCAGCGGCUUCUCGGACGAUGUUCCCAUGGUUGUGGCAUAGCGAGAUAUCCCCUCCUUGUCCGCUCGGCCUCCCUCCUCCCUGUUGACAGGAAGUCAACCCGUUAGCAAGAAAGAUGAAGCGUGUAAAGAGAGAUAGAUAUUUUUCAAAUAUACAAUGCACUUUUUUGGAUGCGCAAUAACUUAUUUUUUAUAUGAAAAAAAGAAUAUAUGUAUAUGGGGACGUAAAAGGACUCGGAAGAUGAGGUGGUUGUUGAGGCAUACUGUGAAGAUUUGAGUGUUUGUUGCAGAACGCCAGACCCCAUUUUGCGCCGUCCAUUGCUUAAAACCAAAAUCAGCAUCCAGAGACCUGAACACACGCAAAGAAAAACACAUUUUCAUGCAAUCCACAAAAUAAGAUCCAACAAUUAGAGAGAACCAUGUAGAGGUUGUGAUCUGCUGUGGCUGCUAAUCCAUUUUAUACGGUUCAUUGAUUCUUACAAAACAUUUAUCAUUUGUGUCGUGGAAGUGGAAUGUUGAUUUUACGUAAACGUAGUGGAGCCGUGUUUUUUUUGGAGUUCUCAGGGAAUUGUGGGUACCAGCAUGGCCGUCGUCAUCCUCAUGGGUUUAGUUUAGACCGCACCGUCCAGCGACUGUAAAACUUAAAAACGGUACCGGAUCAGCGGACACGCGGUAGACAUACUGUAGAUUAUAGCUGCUGUUAGAACGAAGAACGAGUCAGGAAUUUAGAGCCCCCAGUCAUGCAAAGUUUUUAGAUUUCAUUUUUACCAGCCUUCAAAUAUUUUAAAUAUUUGGCUUUGUAAUAGCGAGAGAUGGAUGUCUCUAUCAAAACACUAGGAGGCAGUGUUUUCCUGAGUGUGACUAACCACAAGCCAUGGUGAUUUACCAGAUUGUUGCUGUAUAUAUUAAAGUGAAUAAUAUCGCACCACAUUUCACUGUCUGUAACAGUAACGGCAUUGUCACAUUUAAAAUAGUAAUUAAUUCGAUUAGCCGUCAUUUGACUGCAAUAACACCGUUAUUUUUAUACUCCCAACACAUAGCACAUAUAAAUAUGCAUCUUUUUUUGGUAAUUGCAGGACAGGUGGGGGGAAUUGUGAUUAUGUAUGACCAUGCAUUUCUAGAUUCAUACUAUUUUUCUCACUCGGCAUGGAUCAUACAAACCCUCUUAUGGUAUUAUGGAUUUGAUACCAAUUAAGUGCACAGUCACUUUUUCCUAAUGCAGAUAUUUAUAUUGUUAAAGAUUAUUCAAACAUUUUGUCAUUUUAUUAUUACUACAGUCACAAUAAAAAUGAUUUCUACAGUAUAAUUGUGGAGAAUUUAACAAGAAUGCAACAAUAUCAACAAAAUAAUGCCACACCUCUCUUUUAUUACAAUAUAGUGUCAGUAAUGCAAAAUCAAAACGUACCAGCGGCUCUCAUUCAAAUCCUUUUGUCUUUUUGGACUUAUUCGCUAAGUUUGUAAGCCAGAAAUAAAUAUAACAAUACCAGAAACGUGAAAAUAUGAAGAACUAAAUUCAUAUUUGUGAAAAUAAACAGAAAUUAACUGGAAAAAUAUCAAUUUUGUCAUGAAGAUAUAUUGGAAAUGGACACUAAUUUUGAGCCAUUUUAAUAUACAUUUACACAUUUUUACAUGUUUCUACUAUUUUUUUUUAAAAUUCCUAAGCAUUCCUCCAUUUUAAAGGAUUUUACGGAAAAUAAAUGAGUUGUGCCAAAAUUGUUUAUUUUCACUUAGCUCACCCGACAUGCAUUUUUUCAUUUAAAAAAAAAAUAUAUAGGUCAGUGUUUUUGCAUGACUUGAAACUACAAAUAGGUCAAGUGGUCAAGUGUCAACCCAGCUUUCUCCGGCCGGAUGUAUAUAAGAUCAUCGUCACGUGUUCCAUAAAUGUGUCACAUGUCUGAGUCCCCCCACCUGAAUGAUGUCGUUGAAAAUGAAACAUCCUAAAUGUCACCUCUGUGGGUCUUCUGCUUCGUAAGGACAGGUUGUAUUUGUUAAGGCAUCUUCAUGAAUGUAUUUUAUACUUGUGUGUGUUUUUUUAAGCGCAUUACGGCAUCACUGUGUGUGAAUACGAACGGUUGGUAAGCACCGUACCCGUCAGGGUCUUUGCUGAGGCUUGGUCUUUAUUUCCUCACUUUUUGUGUUGUCUCUGCCUUAAUUUUGAUUUAUCUGGCAAUGGUUUUGUAAUUUGUACAAACUGUCACCACAUAAUGCCUUUUUGACAUAAAUCAGGCGUUCAUGUCACAUUUGAUAGGACACAAUAACGACGCAUGCGCACAUACAGUACAUUCACUCUUACUUCCUAGGGCAUUUGUUCAGUUUGGUCAAAUCACUGCUCCUUUCUGUCUCCUUCAGGGCUUUUUUUUUUUACUUGUGUACAAAGUGUAAUUAUUCUUUAUUUGGCCGUCUGUGCCCAGCUUUUUCCUUUGUCAAAAGGUUGGCUUUAAAAUGUUGUUUGGCACGGAUACUACAUCUUUGACGUCUCGUUUGCUUGUCUCAGAGGUUGCAAGAAGAAAAAAAAGAUGUUUAACAAACAGUGUGGGGUGUUUUCAAAGCCACUUAUGCUGAAAUAAAGUUGAUUUAAAUUUCCA